AUGUUCCUUUCAACGCCUCUAUCUGGAGAACUUGGGAGCGAAAGCGGGAAUAGAAAGGCAGUAUACGAAGUAUUUCAACUUGAUAAGAGGCUGGCUCAAGCUUUAAAUACUAGGAACCUUCAAUUCAGCUCCUGGCCAUCUUCACCCCAUCCCAUCCCACACUGCCUCUGCCCUUUGCCCUCUUCUUUGCAGCAAGCAGCACACAUCCAACCUGCAAUAAAACUAUUCCAUCGAUACCCCGAAGCUGCUCCUCGAACCUCGACAAUCAUGUUCAACUACCUGGUGGAGAAGGACCGCAAAACCAUCAUUGAGACUCUCGUCAAAGGCCUCUCCCGUCUCGAAUACAGAGGAUAUGACAGUGCUGGUCUCGCCGUGGACGGAGACAAGAAGAAUGAAGUCUUCGCUUUCAAGGAGGUCGGAAAGGUGGUCAAGCUGAAGGAGCUCAUUGCGAUGGAGAAGCCAGACAUGACCAAGAUCUUCGACUCGCACGCUGGUAUCGCACACACCAGAUGGGCAACCCAUGGCCCCCCAUCCAGACUCAACUGCCAUCCUCACAGAUCCGACCCAACUUGGGAAUUUUCUGUCGUCCACAACGGUAUCAUCACGAAUUAUAAGGAACUGAAGACACUCUUGACUUCGAAGGGCUUCAAGUUUGAGACCGAGACCGAUACCGAAUGCAUUGCAAAGCUUGCAAAGUACAUUUACGAUUCCCAGAAGUCAAUUGGCUUCACAGAUUUGGCAAAGGCUGUAAUCAAGGAGUUGCAGGGAGCUUUCGGUUUAUUGAUGAAGUCGGUCCAUUUCCCACACGAGGUUAUUGCUGCUCGGAAGGGCUCCCCCUUGGUGAUCGGUGUCCGCACGGAGAAGCGCAUGAAGGUCGACUUUGUUGAUGUCGAGUACACCGAGGAUGGACCUCUCCCAGCCGAGCAGGCAUCCCAGAACGUUGCAUUGAAGAAGUCCAAUGUUGGAAACUUCCUCGCAGCCGGCAACCUUCUUGGCCCCCCCGACAAGUCCUUAUUGCACAGAUCGCAAUCCCGAGCAUUCAUGACCGACGAUGGGGCACCAAUGCCUACCGAGUUCUUUCUCUCCUCCGACCCUUCUGCUAUUGUCGAGCACACCAAGAAGGUUAUGUACCUCGAGGACGAUGAUAUUGCCCACAUUCACGAGGGAUCCCUCAACAUCCACAGACUUACUAAGGCUGAUGGAUCAUCGAACGUCCGAACCAUCCAGACCCUUGAGCUUGAGCUUCAAGAAAUCAUGAAGGGAAAAUUCGACCACUUCAUGCAAAAGGAGAUCUUCGAACAACCCGAAUCCGUUGUCAACACAAUGAGAGGUCGCAUCGAUGUGGAGAACAAGACUGUCACCCUCGGUGGCUUGAGAUCAUACAUUGCUACCAUCCGUCGUUGCAGAAGAAUCAUCUUCAUCGCCUGCGGAACCAGUUACCACUCCUGCAUGGCCGUUCGUGGAGUCUUCGAGGAGCUUACUGAGAUCCCGAUCGCCGUCGAGCUAGCUUCUGACUUCCUGGACAGACAAGCGCCAGUUUUCCGUGACGAUACUUGCGUGUUCGUCUCUCAGUCUGGUGAGACUGCCGAUUCGCUCAUGGCUCUCCGCUACUGCUUGGAGCGUGGUGCUUUGACUGUCGGUAUUGUCAACGUAGUCGGUUCCUCCAUCUCCCUCCUCACCCAUUGUGGUGUCCACGUCAAUGCGGGUCCCGAAAUCGGUGUUGCAUCCACUAAGGCCUACACGUCUCAAUUCAUUGCUAUGGUCAUGUUCGCGCUCUCCUUGAGCGAGGACCGUGCAUCCAAGCAAAAGAGACGAGAGGAUAUUAUGCAGGGUCUGGGAAUGAUCUCAGAGCAGAUCAAGCAGAUCUUGGAGCUCGACCAACCAAUUAAGGAACUGUGUGCCAGAACAUUCAAGCACCAGAAGUCUCUUCUCCUCUUGGGCCGAGGCAGCCAGUUCUCCACUGCGCUCGAGGGUGCGUUGAAGAUCAAGGAAAUAUCCUACCUCCAUUGUGAGGCUGUCAUGUCUGGAGAGUUGAAGCAUGGUGUCUUGGCUCUGGUUGACGAGAACCUCCCUAUCAUCAUGAUUCUUACCCGCGACGACAUAUUUGCUAAGUCUCUUAACGCUUACCAGCAAGGUAUGGUACACUUUCCUACAUACAGGUAUUUCGCUAACAAGUUUCCAGUCAUCGCCCGCGGCGGAAAACCCAUAGUCAUUUGUAACCCCGGCGAUGAGGAGUUCAAGGCUGGCCAAGCCGAGAAAAUCGAGAUCCCCAAGACCGUCGACUGCCUGCAGGGUCUUUUGAACGUCAUCCCGCUCCAACUGAUGGCCUACUGGCUCGCCGUCGCCGAGGGUCUGAACGUCGAUUUUCCCCGCAACUUGGCCAAGUCGGUGACAGUGGAGUGA